UCCUGCCUGCCCUCCCCCCCGGCGGCUCCGACACCACCAUGAACCGGGGCAGCAGCGCCGCGUCCUGCCCUCCGUCGCUCCCGGCCGACGGCCACGACAGCCACAGCGAGUGUCGCCGGGUGUGUAGCAACUGUCGGAAAGUCCUGAGGCAGGAAAAGAAAAUCAGAGUCUCUCUGCCUUUAACAAGAGGACCAAGUGCCUUUAUACCAGAGAAAGAAGUUAUGCAAGCAAACAGUUUGAAUGAACGAAUGCACCUGCUUGUGGAAGAAUAUUCUAUAUCUGGUCGCCUCGACAACAUUACCCAGGUCAUGAGUUUACACACUCAAUACCUGGAGUCUUUCCUUCGCAGUCAGUUCUACAUGUUGCGUAUGGAUGGGCCUCUUCCUUUGCCCUACCGACACUACAUUGCAAUCAUGGCUGCUGCCAGGCACCAGUGUUUCUAUCUAAUAAACAUGCAUGUGGAUGAGUUUUUGAAAACUGGAGGGAUACCAGAAUGGCUGAAUGGCUUGGAAUACGUUCCACAAAGGCUGAAGAAUCUGAAUGAAAUCAAUAAGCUUCUUGCACAUCGACCCUGGCUAGUCACGAAAGAGCACAUUCAGAAACUUGUCAAGACAGGGGAAAAUAAUUGGUCUCUUCCUGAACUGGUGCAUGCCGUGGUCCUCUUGGCACACUAUCAUGCCUUGGCAAGUUUUGUCUUUGGUAGCGGCAUCAAUCCAGAGAGGGAUCUCGAUACCUCGAACGGGUACAGGCUCAUAUCGGUCAACAGCUUCUGUGUCUGUGAUCUUGCCAAUGACAACAACAUCGAAAACGCAUCCCUCACCAGCAACAACUUUGGGAUCUCAGAUUCUUUAAGUGAACUGGAGGCUCUGAUGAACAGAAUGAGGAGGCUGCAGGCAGAGAAGGAGGACGAGGAGGCCUCCCAGGAGGAGAUGGACACUCGCUUUGAAAAGGAGAAGACGGAGAGCCUCCUAGUUGUCACUGAAGCAUUUGAUGAUGAAAUACUUUCCAUAGCCGAUGUUUCCCGCUACAUUGAAGAUCCUGGUUUUGGAUACAAAGACUUUGCCAGGCGGGGAGAAGAACAUCUACCAACGUUCCGGGCCCAGGACUAUACCUGGGAAAAUCAUGGAUUCUCCCUUGUGAACAGGCUUUAUUCUGACAUUGGGCACCUUUUGGAUGAGAAGUUCCGCAUGGUCUACAACCUCACAUACAACACUAUGGCUACACAUGAAGACGUUGACACAACCAUGUUGAGAAGAGCUUUAUUUAAUUAUGUUCACUGUAUGUUUGGAAUCAGGUAUGAUGACUAUGAUUACGGAGAAGUUAAUCAGUUACUGGAACGGAGCCUGAAGGUUUACAUUAAGACAGUGACCUGCUACCCAGAGAGAACUACCAAGCGCAUGUAUGACAGUUACUGGCGCCAGUUCAAGCACUCGGAGAAGGUCCAUGUCAACCUGCUUCUGAUGGAGGCCCGCAUGCAAGCUGAACUCCUCUACGCUCUCCGUGCCAUAACCCGUCACUUGACCUGAAGCAUCAUUGCAAGCGCGUGAAUAAAGCUUCCAAACAGAUGCAUAGCGAAAGCUGCUCGUGGGGUAGCAUCGGGUUAUUUGAUUCUCUAGUGUCAAAGCUGAAGCCGCGUUUCCGGCGGCUGUUAACGUGCAAUGAUAUUCUAUAUCUUUCUCUUUUUUCACGCCCCUUGAUGCUUAACAUUACUAAUGAUAGCAAAAAUCAUACUGAAGAACACCACUUCUUAAGUUGUUUCCAGCUGGAGUAUUGGUCGCAAACCUUAAACUUUUUUAUUAUUAUUAUUCUUGCUGUUUCCUCUCUUGCCCAGGAUUCUCUUUGAUGGUUUUAUCUCCUUUCCCCCUCAUUCCCAACAAUCCUGUUUCAUGUGAAUGGAAUCCAGCAAUGGAUCUUCGCACUCUUCUCCCCCCCCCCCCCCAAAUGUUCCUUUUUAGGCAUUUAUAAUGCAGUUUUUUCCGAUCUGGUAUCUGCUUUGUUUUAAACUGAACUUCUCAACUGGCUUAUUCUGAAAGUGUCCCCGGACACUAUGUAUUGCUGCAGUUUGGAGGUCGUGUGCAAGCAGACGCAACUGCCCUCUGCAGCUUUUGUAAUGUGAAAAGAUCUCCUGCGAGUUCUGUGGUGUGCUGCUGGCACGCAGCAUUCAAGUACUUCCUCUUCUGACUGUAUGAAAGUUUAUACCACAUCCAUUUCAGCUAAACACACUGGUUCAGCAAGUGGCCUUCUCUUUUUGUCUGUGUUCAGCUUUUCUCGAUGACCAUUUGGAGGGUACUUGCAGCCCCAUCCAUGAACCAAGUGUAGCUUGGAAUAUUUGAGCUUUUAUGUUGCAUUUAAGAACUUCUCCCUAAAAUUUAAAUCAAAGUUAACUGGCUUGGAGAUUGAGUGGUUAUGUGGCAUUUGCAGAUGCAAGACACCUUAACUGGUCAAAUAAAAAACAAUCUAGACACGGUUGCAUUAAGGAGCUCCGGUACUGCUGGAUCGAUUUUCCGUGUAGUCCAGAGGGAUCCACUCUAACUGGAGGGGGUGUCUCUUCCUGCUACCUGAGAUCCUUUUAAACGGAGGUGACAAAGAUUGAACCCAGGACCUUUAUGCGUGUGAAAUGUAAGCAAUGAGCUACAGUUUCUUUCCUGAAAGCUUUGAAUAUACAAAGCCUUACACUAACCUGGACCAUCUGUCCAUGUUGCCCAGUGCUGUGGGGGUAUUCUCCCAAGGUCUCAGGCAAGCAUCUUUUGGAACCUUGUGUGCUGAGAGCCUUUGAACUGGAGGUGUCAGAUUUUGAACCUGGAAUCUUUUUACAUACAAAGCAUACGCUUUAUCAUUGAGCUGUGGCCUCUUCUUUCUCGAUUGCUGGUUUCUGGUUUCUUUGUAUGGUUUUUUAAAAUUUUAAUUCAAGGAUAAAUUGCAUUGGCAUUUAAGCUUUUAGAUGUUUCCUUUUUGUCUCCAGCAUCUGGACACUUUUUUACUAUCUUAAAGCUGAAAAUCAUGUGUCUCUCCAUUGAUGUGAGUGAACAAAGGAAGUGCAAUAUGAAACAGAGCAGGCAGGCUUUUCCCUAACAGAGUAACUGCUGAAGGGGUCCCAUUUGAAACAGCUGCGGAGAAACAGCUUUCUCUUCCCAAAUGUUGUUACUGCCUGUGACUUGCCUGGCAUUUUUAGGUCUUGCUUUGAACGCUCCACUGUGGUUGGGAUGUCAAAGUAUCCAUGCAGAGAAUGCUUCGCUCUGCGUGUGCUCAGUUCCUUCCAGUGGAGGAGCUCAAUGCAGGCUCCAUAGAAAUUAAACUUGAGGAUAAAUAUGCAGCUGCAGGACCUGAUGGAUUGUUCCUGUUGACAGCUGUUAUUGUGGGUUGGGAAGGGGGCUGAAAAAUGAGCUGCUGAAAAGUCAAGAUUUUUAAAAAUUGCUUUGUGUUGUUUGACUACACUGACUUUUUCAGCGCACAAAAUGUCAGUGUUUUUAUAGCUUUACUUUUGCGUUGUGUGAACGAGUCAGCAAAGUGCCUGAAGAGAUGCUGAAAAACUGCUAGGACAUAGGAACUGCUAUGAUGCGAGAGGUUCGCUCCAGGAAGCAUGAGAGACAGCUGUGUUCCCUCGAGGUCAGAAUGGCUAAGGCCCAGCAAGUCUUGUGCCCUGUCAUAGUUUCGGGAAUCCAGAAGAAGAGCCCUGCAGGGUCGGGCCAAAUGUCCGUGUAGUCCUGCAUUCUGUUGCCAGCCAUGGUUUGUCAGAAGCCUCUGAGAAGCCCACAAGCAGGCCCCGAAGACAAUAGCCUGUCCCUGUUCAUCAGGAAAGGCUGGGGACAUUUCAGUGAUUUGGGCGCAAUAGCCUUCUUCUCUGCUGGGGGGGCUUUCAUUACUCGCCUGAAUAACACAGUUUUCAAUGAGACUUAGUUAUAAAUAACGUUUGCUGGAUUGUGCCAAAUGACUGGGUUUGGGCUUUUCCCCCCUUCAAGGUUUGCUUUUAUAUAUGUCUGAAAUGAACAGAAUGGGGGUUUUGUCUUGUUCCGAUGAGCUACAGCAGGGGGACUUUUCUGUUAGACUACCAUAAUGGCUUUGUUUUAUGAAAAAGAUUUUGAAAGUCCUUCCAAGUUAAAACAUGGAUCAGACUUUGGGGAGGUGAAAUUGGAUUAUUAUUUUUUUAAACUACUUUCUUCCUUUGUGUAAUAAUUGCUAUAGUGUGUUUGUUUGUUGUUUUUAGGUGCUGAAAUCAAUUGUUCACCGUUUCCUCCUGCAGUUGGAAUUGUAACUUGUUCUUGCAUGGAAGAAACUUCUAAGGAUAUAUCUGUACUUCUGCUGUUGGCUUAUACCAGUUGAACAGCCAUGGCCACAUUCUAAAGCAUUCUAGGAACUGUAGCUUAGAACGUCCUGAGAGUUUUCUAUGUUGAAGAGGCCUCUGGCCUCACAGAGCUGCCAUUCCCGGGGAAAGAGCAACUGUAAACCUGCAGUAUAGGUAUAUCUGUAGAAGAAAUUAUGCGAAUGAACGAUCAGUGUGUCCUUGCAGAACAUAAAUGGAAGCUGACUUGGUGGGGGUAGAGUCUGUAGACACUUCAGGCAGAAUCCAGACUGCUUUGAAGAAUGGCUUGGACUGCAACAGUUCCAUUCAAUCUGUUGCAUUUUGUAACAGCUGGUAGACAGCGUGCAGCUGAUGUCCGCGCAAGUCGUUUGUGCAAGUUCUGUUUAGAAAAGGGCACUACUGAAUGGUGGAGUUGGACACAUGCAGAAAUCCAUGGGACUUUGCCAGGAUUGUGGCUCUACAUAGGAGUUGGGAUUUUGGUGGGGGGAGGAGAGAUAAGAAAUCCAGGUCCCCACUGAACGUCUGCAAAGUGGCCAAAUGAGAUGAUGUGGAGAAGAUAAGUGUUGGGCAAAGGAAGGAGGGUGUUUGACCUUUCCCCUGAAACCCCCUCCCCCCAGCCAGCUUCCAGAUGUGUGUUUGAGCAUUGGGGAGAAAAGCA